UGUGUAACUGAGGUAGAGCGUGUAGUAAAAAGUUUGUAAAAUUUUUGUACAGGAUGUCGCAUUAUGUAGCUAUAACUAAGUAGGUCAAUUCACGUAUGGCUUUUUGAACAAUUCAAACUGUAUUUUGGGCCACAGUUGGCUCGAUACCACCAACUAGCUAGGUUUGUUAAAAAAAAAAAAAUCAGGGAAAGCUGGAGGAGACACAAAAGAAACGCGGUUUGAUUCGUUUGAUAAAUGAACGUUUUAAUUAGACAAAGCAUAUAUCACAUAGUACUGUAAUACUGACCACAUUCGUACACGCUGGUGUGUAUUCGGUGGUUGCGACAGCUUUGUUAGGUGUACAGUUGGAGCGCUAACUUGCUACAUUAAAACGACAACAACAAAAAAACGUUAUGUGAGGAAGCGGUAGCUAGUAGCUAGCUAAAGGCUAGUUAGCCAGCUAAGCUAACAGUAGCUACCGCGAAAAGUCACGUCAUACAGUACCAGGGAGUUUACGUGUCGGGAAAUAAACCGAACAGUGAUUACUCUGGCAAUGGCAGCCCCGGCAAACGAGGCCUUGUUUUUGAUAAAGGAUGUGAAGCCUGGGUCGAAAAAUUUGAAUAUAGUGUUCAUCGUUUUGGAAAUUGGAAGAGUGACCAAAACAAAGGAUGGUCACGAAGUACGCUCCUGCAAGGUGGCGGACAAGAGCGGGAGCAUUUCUAUCUCAGUUUGGGAUGAGCUUGGUAGUCUUAUUCAGCCAGGGGAUAUCAUCAGAUUGACUAGAGGUUAUGCAUCCAUUUGGAAGGGCUGCCUGACUCUUUACACUGGCAGAGGUGGAGAUCUACAGAAGAUUGGAGAGUUCUGCAUGGUGUAUUCUGAAGUGCCCAACUUUAGUGAACCAAACCUGGAGCUUCUAGCCCAGGCAAACCAGCAAAACAAAUCUGGCAAACCGGACCAGAACCAGAGGGGAAACUCUCCACCCAAUCAGAAUUCAGGUACACCUGCCCCACCAGGUAACGGUGCCAUGCAGCCAUUUGCCAACAACAGCAAUCCUCCAUCCAGUGCACCGCGUGAUGCUGGUUUUGGGAAUGCCGGGCGACCCAAUGGGAGGGCACCUGGCAAUGGUGCACCCCCGGCUACUGUCGCUGGACCGCCAGCAUCCACAAAGUCCUCAGUUACCAUUAGCAAUGGCAGGGACCCUCGGCGUGCCAAAAGAUGAAAUUGGGGUUUUGGAGGGGGUCUUGUGGUGUGCUUAUAACCACCCACUCCCCCCUCCCUAUUUUUUUUUUAAACCUCUUCCUCUUUCAACCUUUUUUGACAUUCAGUUAAAUAAAUCUUAGUUGAAUUGCGAAACUUCUAAGCUGUGGUUUCUUGUCUGGCAGAUAGAUGAGCCCAGGGAACUGACUUUAGUAAACCCCGACCACUUCACACUGUAUGACAGGUGGGGGGAGUGAUUUAGAAUGUAUAGAAACGGUCUCAAAGCUCUGCAUAUGAGAGCACAAUUUAAAGCAGUUUGGCAUCGACACAAACUAAACAUACAGUUUGCCGUCUGCACUAACUUAAUUUGUGACGUAAGUGUAGGUGGCUACAGAUCAGUUGUAGUCCUUCACUUAUAAAGCUGUGGUUGCUUCCACAGUUCAUGUGUGCUUCUUGUUAUAUUUAAGAUUUUUUUUUAUAUAUUUUCUUCACCACAUACUCAUUGUCAAUGAAAUUGGAGAAUGGUGCCACCGUGGAAGUUAAAAAAAAAAAAAAAAAACCUGCGUUGCCAUUCAGACGUAUUGUGUUCCAUAUGGCUGGUUCCCAGGCUCACUGUCAAUCUGCCAGACAGCCACAGUGCAAGUUUUACACCCACUAAAAUAUUGUUGACAGUGUGAUUGAGAUCCAACACUUGACGCUGUGGUCAGCGACCCUGCUCCUCUCCAUGUGUUCUAUUCCUGCUAAACUUAAAGCUGCUCAGCCAUUCCAAAGCCGCCGGCCAUCAGACUUGUGGACGGAGAAGAGUGGUGGAGGAGCGGCCGGCCUUUUCAGUCUCUACAAGCGUUCUCUAAAUCUCACUGCACACUGCCAGUUGUGUGCCAGUGUUACACCCCCCCCCCCCCCCCCGUGUGCCCCGACACUCCUUCCCGACUGUUAUUCAAACUGAACAGCCUACUUGAACACUUGAUGCACUUUUUUCUUAUUUAUGGCAGAUGAACAUGGCUGUCAUCUAAAGAUCAGGACAUUAGUUCCUGCUCUUUAUGGCAAAAGGCCUUAUGUGGGUGGAAAUUUGCUUUUAGACUGAAUGCACAACAACGUUCUGUAAGGAUCUUCCUUCUCAACAGAGCUGUAUGUGAAGUGACUGGAGGGAAAGCUGUUAACAGUUUUAACCGUGUAGGUACUGUAGUUUAGUAUUAAAAAUGACAUGUUUUAUUGCCAUCAA